AUGAGACCCACCGCAAGUGCGAAGGUUGAUAAAGGUGGGUUGUGUUUGGAGGAUGAUAAAGGUGGGUUGUGUUUGGAGGAUCGCAUUAGUGGACUUACGGAUGAUGUCCUUGUUUCAAUCUUGUCAUUAUUGACAAUGAAAAAAGUUGCAAGAACUAGUGUGUCAUCAAAGAGAUGGAGGUAUUUGUGGACGUACAUUAUUGGUUUGAACUUCGAUGCCUUACAUAUAUUUCAUGGAAUUAAACGGGGAGAUAAGGAACUUGAAGUAGAAAAACCUUUGUAUUUGAGUUGGGUAAAUCAAGUCUUGAAAUCCUACAAUGGUCCAAGUUUGAAUGAAUUUAGAGUUCAAUUUGAUCUUGAUGAAACUUGUAAAUUUGAUAUUGACAAUUGGGUUAAUUUUGCAAUGGAAAAGAGAGUUAGAAGGCUUGAAUUAGACUUCUCGGCCAGUUGCUUCCAUACUAGAGAGGAAGAGGAUUACAAUUAUAGUAUUACAAAUCACCUACAUUCAUUGUCUCUUUGGUGCAACUCCCUGACCAAUCUUGUGCUGACACGCUUGAAUGUAACUGCACAAGUUCUCAAAUACUUCUUAACUAACUAUCCAUUUUUGGAACAAUUGUCUGUGGAAGAAUCUGAAGGUCUCGUAAAUCUGAAUGUUCCUGAAUUUCACUAA